UGUGUCAUUUCAACAGAUAAACUACCGAGCGUCAAAGCCGUCCCGUCUCCUGCGCUGCUCCCGGGGCCCGGAUAAUGGCUGAUAGCGACUGCUAGCGUGCUUAUUCUGUUUAAUGUACACAGACCAAACCUGCUUCCUCUUUGAAUCACCCUCGCUUGUUUUUUUUUUUUUUUUUAAAUUUGGGAUGGGGAUGAUUUUUCCAGCGGGCAACAUGUCCCUCCUGGCGCUGACUUUGGCGCUCCUCACCAUCGUCCUCUGCACUUCUCACGUCAGUGGGAACGAGGACUGUUUGUGGUAUGUGGAUAAAAACGGCACCUGGCACAAUGGCUUUGACUGCCCUCUCAUCACGUUCUGCUGUGGGAACUGCAAUCGGCGCUACUGCUGCCUGGACGCCUUCAAGAUGAUCACCGAGAGGGAGCAGAAACGCUGUAUGCUCUUCCAGUUUAGCCCCACCACUUUAGCUGGCAUCGCCUCCUCCAUCCUCCUGUUUGUGGCCAUUAUAGCCACCAUGGUGUGCUGCUUCAUGUGCUCUUGCUGCUACCUCUACCAGAGACGACAGCAGAGGGGGCGGACACCUUAUGACGCCCAGCAGAUCCCCAUGGCCAGCUACCCAGUGGAGCCCAUGUAUGAUGCUUAUGGAAAACCACUGGGACCCUCUGAGUAUCCCCAUCUAGGUUAUCCUAUGGCACCCCAUUACCCUGGUAUGCCCCCACACUACCCGAUGAUGCAGCCUGGACCUUAUCCACCACACCUGAUGGACCCUGCAUACAGCCAGGCCCCUCCACCUUACUCUCCACCACAAUAUCCUGGUCAUUGAUGGGCUGGUCUACAAAGAAAACACAGAGUGGGGGAAAAACAUCAGCUGAGGGAAAAGACUGUUUCAAAUGAAGAAGGCAGCGACACACUCUCCUACACACUCUCAACUAACCGCUACAGCUCAACUAGCAGUGGUUCACGUGUGAAGGAGAGCAGGAGGCACUUUAAGGGUAUUUUGUUUGUUUAUUUUAUAUGUUUACAAUGUUGUCCUACUUUUCUUCAGUAAUUACAUGAAAUUCUGUUGUGCAACCCGACACCCGAGUGCGCCAAGAGCGUCACACUAUCCCCAAAGUGAAGAAGUAUCCAGCAGGGAUCUCAACUCGUCUCAUUGGCGAGGUCUCUUUAAAACAGGCAUGACCAAACAGAGAAGUGGUCAGAAGGUAUUUAUUAGAAUAUGAAUGCACUCUGUCUUUAUUCUUUGAAGGGAAAGAGGCUUAACUGGUCCAUUUUCUUAUUUUUUAUAUAUAACUGCCUGAGGCUACAUUCCAGAUCAUCUCGGCCCCUGGUCUACUGUCUACAAAUAUACAAUUCACUUAGAAGAAUUGAAAUAUAAUUACAUUAUGUCCCUACCUCUGUAUUUAAUGUUUUUAAUUGUAGAGGCUUAGGUGAAAAACAAAUUGCAUGUUUGAUUACAAAUGUGACACGUGUGGUUAAAGGCAGUGCGGCACUGUCUUAAAUUUGCUCAGAUGGAAUUCAUUGUACUCUUGAUUCUUUGUAAGAAGCCUUUAGUCGCCUCUUUGUUUGAACUUUUGUCUUCUUUUUCUGUAUCUGACUCGACUACUUUACUUCAUGGUAGUAUAUUAGCUGCACCAUUUGUAAUGUAACAUCUCAGCGUCAGCAUGCUGCUCCCAGUCAAAGGUAUCUGUCCUCUCAUGCUUCUUUUCCUGUUUUAAAUAAAUAACUGAUGAUGAGUCCUAAUAUAAAAUCCAA